UCGCCGACUGCAUCUCUUCUUGGGAGCGUGUCGCCACUUCAUUGUUAAACAACUGUCUGUCGUUGGCGGUUCAGAGCUGGAGCCCGAUCCUGCGGCACGGUGUCAUGUGCGUGUAGUGAGUGUCGUGCUAGAGUUGAGCCAAGCCACAAAUCCUAGCACCAGACUUGUCCCAAAGACGCGGCUCGAUCGCGUCCCCCAGCUUCAACUACGGCGUCCCCAGCGGCGAUGACGCAGCAUAGCGACGCGUCCAGCGACCGCUCCGAAGUGUCCGUCACACCACCGCCGCCGGUGUCCAAGAUGCUGGAGUUCGCCAGUCACCAGAACCUGGGACUCUUCAACCUCGAGCACCGAAACAUGUUGGCGGCGCCUCUGGCCGCGCUGCACUCCAUGGCGGAGAUGAAGCAGCACCAGAACCACCUCAGUCCCUCGGACCACAUGCACGUGCAGGACAAGAGUGACACCGAUGUGCUUUUGGAAAGGACCGGCCUGCACGUGGACCGCUCUGGGCUCAGCUCCAGGAGUCCUUUGGGGGCGACCAGCAACAGUAACAGCUCGCAGGGCGCCAACCCCCACGGCAUCGACCACAUACUAUCCAGACCUUCGCAAAUAACGACGGGGCUGUUGCAUUUCGCGCAUAAUUUGGGGUUUACUCAGAACUCUUUAGGGAUGGCUGCCAACAGUGCUCAGAACGCUUCCAAUACCGGGUUAAGAGGAUUCAAUAUCGCCGCCGCUGCCUUCUUUCAUCACCACGCUGCUAAUUCGGUUAAUAAGCCUCCUGUGGAACUGGGAAGGACGACAGGGGGGCUGUACUGGCCGGGCAUACAGAGUCUCAACCCCAUCGCCUGGAGGGACCGUCUCAGCAGUAAGAGUGAAUUAUAUGCCCGGUAUGUGAACCAAAGUAACAUGGGAGGAUUGGGACCAGACAAAGACGCGAAAAAGAAGCACACGAGGCCUACCUUUUCGGGACAACAGAUUUUUGCCCUCGAAAAAACCUUCGAACAGACGAAAUACUUAGCCGGACCCGAAAGGGCCAAACUGGCAUACGCCUUAGGAAUGACAGAGUCACAAGUCAAGGUAUGGUUUCAAAACAGGCGGACAAAAUGGAGAAAAAAACACGCCGCGGAAAUGGCAACGGCAAAAAGGAAACAAGAAGUUCUCGACAAUCAAACUGACGAAAAUAGUGACAUCAUUUCCGACAAUGAAGACGAGCAUGCAGCUAAAAGGCAAAAUUUGCAGUGAAAAUUUCUAUCAAAGUUCGAAAAUUAACGUUCGGUAUUAAAAAGAAAUAAUUUAUUUAGGCCUAGAAUGACUUGUAUAUACACAACGUACUGAUAGUGAUCUUAGUGUCGUUUUUUUUUGUGAAAAAGUGCGUAUGGACAAACUCAAAAUCAAGUAAACUUGUAAAAAUGUUAAAUAACUUAUAAAUAUUAUAUGUAUGUCUACUUGUACGGUGUUACAUUUAACUUCUAAAGUUUUUUUUUCGAAAAUCCUUGGUUUUUUAUUACCAGUACUAUACAGGGUAGUCCCAAUUGUA